CUGGGGGGUGGUGGAGGCAGCCCAGGGUGGCUGCUAAAGCUGCUGGGCUCUGUGUGUGCUGCAGGAGUCAGAGUCUGAGAGCAGGCUGGAUGGAGAGACAGCGUCAGACAGCGAGAGCAAGUCUGAGUUUGGGGGGUCCUCCCCAGUGCCGACCUCAGAUGACACCCCAGAGGUGCUGAACAGGGCCCUGUCCAACCUGUCCUCGAGAUGGAAGAACUGGUGGGUGAGAGGCAUCCUCACGCUGGCCAUGAUCACCUUCUUCUUCAUCAUCAUCUACCUGGGCCCCAUGGUCCUGAUGACAAUAGUGAUGUGUGUGCAGAUCAAAUGCUUCCACGAGAUCAUCACCAUCGGCUACAACGUGUACCACUCCUACGACCUGCCCUGGUUCAGGACCCUCAGCUGGUACUUCCUGCUGUGUGUGAAUUAUUUCUUCUACGGGGAGACAGUGACAGAUUAUUUCUUCACGCUGGUGCAGAGGGAGGAGCCGCUGCGGAUCCUCAGCAAAUACCAUCGCUUCAUCUCCUUCGCCCUCUACCUGACAGGGUUCUGCAUGUUUGUGCUCAGCCUGGUGAAGAAGCACUACCGCCUGCAGUUCUACAUGUUUGGCUGGACCCACGUGACGCUGCUGAUCGUGGUCACCCAGUCCCACCUGAUCAUCCACAACCUCUUCGAAGGAAUGAUCUGGUUCAUCGUGCCCAUCUCCUGUGUCAUCUGCAAUGACAUCAUGGCCUACAUGUUCGGCUUCUUCUUCGGCCGCACGCCGCUCAUCAAGCUCUCCCCAAAGAAGACCUGGGAGGGUUUCAUUGGAGGAUUUUUUUCCACCGUUCUCUUCGGGCUGCUGCUGUCCUACGUGAUGUCGGGCUACCGCUGCUUCACCUGCCCCGUGGAGUUCAACAACGACACCAACAGCUUCACGGUGGACUGCGAGCCCUCCGAGCUCUUCCAGCUGCAGGAGUACAACCUGCCCGAGCUGCUGCACUCCCUGCUGGGCUGGAGGACCGUGAGGAUGUACCCCUUCCAGAUCCACAGCAUCGCCCUGUCCACCUUCGCCUCCCUCAUCGGGCCCUUCGGCGGCUUCUUCGCCAGCGGCUUCAAGAGGGCCUUCAAGAUCAAGGACUUUGCCAACACCAUCCCAGGCCACGGGGGCAUCAUGGAUCGCUUCGACUGCCAGUACCUGAUGGCCACCUUUGUCAACGUGUACAUUGCCAGCUUCAUCAGGGGCCCCAACCCGAGCAAACUGAUCCAGCAGUUCCUGACCCUGAGGCCAGAGCAGCAGCUGCACAUCUUCAACACCCUCAAAGCACACCUGGUGGACAGGGGAGUGCUGGGCAGCCUGGAGGAUGCAUAGGCAGGAGGUGGGAGCAGGACUGAGAGCACACAGGCCUCCCCCAGGGCAUCCCCUGAUUUAAGACAAUAACAAGGCCUCAUUUCACUGUAACUUUUCUUCCUUUCUCGGUAAAUGUUUGCAUUCGUGGUUUAUUUUAUUUUAUUAUUUUUUUCUAAAUAAUAUAUUUAUAGAGCUUUGGUUCAAACGAGCAAAUCUUGGGUUUGUAGCUGAGGAGGAGGUGAGGGUCGGGGGGAGCAGAGGGGGUGGCUGUCCUGCUGGGCUGCUCGGGGUGGCAGCUCUGGGGACCCCCACCCUGUGCUGAAUUGUCCCAGCAGCUCCUGCCUUGCACCAGGCAGAGGAUCCUGUGCUGAGCCCUUCCCAGCUGCAGCUCCUGCAGUGCCUCUCACGUUCCCUCCCUCCUGGGCAAGUUCAGAUUUCUGUGAGCACCCAAACCAGGAGCAGGCUGGGUGCAAGGAGCCCGGGGAGUGGCAGCUGUGGGUGGGAAUGUGGGAGCUGCAGAUUCCUCCAAAACCAAUGGCACUAAAUGAGAUUUAAAGAGCAUUGAAGCAAUUCCUGCCAGGUGAGAACGGCUCCUCCACACCUUGGUUUGUUUCCCCCAUUAAAUAACCCUUAGAAACCACACUUCAUUUCUCCAGGGCUGCAAACCCCACCGUGGAUAUUUGAAGGAGCCUGGGGAGCAGUUUCCAGCCCCUUUCCUUGCUGGGUGGGCUCCAGCUGCAGCUGGGGCUUUGUUUUCUUUCAGGGAUCAUGUCUGUUUGUUACUUGAGUUGUAGAAGUCGUGCUGCUGAGUUUACCAAGGUCUGUGUUGCAUUUCAGUCUGGGUUCAUUUCUCUGCAGGCUUCUGUCACUGAAUCUUGUCAGAAGUAGUUUCAGAAGUAGUUUGGACUUUAUAGCUGCAGGUUUUAUUGAAGUACUUUCCUUUAUUUUGUCAUACUUUUUUUUUUAUUAUUUAAAAAUGAGAGCCCUAAAGAUUGUAAAACUUUCCUUUUUUUUUUUUUUGUGACCAGAUAGUGAAAAUUUCCCCAUUUACACCUCGUGCAAACACAAGGGGACUGAUUUUCCUUCUUUCCAUAGUUUGUGCACGGGAGAGAGAAACUUCCCAUUAUUUUAACCUGGGGAGUGAGGGACAGGGAGAGCUCCUGCAGAAACACAUUGGAGUUUAAGAGGUUGCUGCCACAAACCUUCAGCCACACGUGAGCCCUGCACCUGCUUGGCACCAACAGAGAACAAAGCACCUGAAAACGCCCCAAAUUCCGAGCUUUUCACAGCCUGGGUGUGUGCACAUCACAGCACAGGUGCCAGCCUCUCUCUGUGGGCUGUGCCUCUGCUCCCUGGGCAGGGCUGGGUGGAGAGCACAGCUCCGAGCAGGCUCUGCUCUCACUGAGCUUUCUGUUUCUGCUGGCACAGCCCUGCCCUCAGCAGUCCAGGCUGGCUUUGCUGCUCAUACACAUUCCCCUGGCUGUGGAUUUCCCCUGUGGUUGCUCCCUUCCAGCUGGAAUUAGGUUUAUUUUCUGUCCAUGGAGCAGAUCUUGCUGCGAGCCCCUGACACAGAAACUGCAGAGGAGAAGGGAGUGCUUCCCAUGGCCCUGCCCAGGGGCAAUAUUUGGGCUGUGUUUGAUGUGGCAGUGCCCGGGGGCUCUCAGGAUUCUCCUGCCCUUUGCCCAAACCCCUCCCGUGCCUGUGGCUCCCAGGCAGAAGUGACAGUGUUGAUAAAUAUCCCAAAGCUGUGCUCUGUCCUUAGUGAGAGAUCCCUCCGUGGGUUUUUAGUCUCCUGCUCGUCUGCUUUAACCCUUUAGUUCCUCUGCUGCUGUGAGCAGCAGGGCAGAGCUUUGCUGCAGCUUUGGGGCAGGGCUGUCAGUGCUGGCUGUGGGCACUGGAGGGCAAAGCAGCUCCAGGGAGCAGCUGAGAGAGAGCAGCAGCUCUGCCUGGGCUGCCUGCCCUGUCAGAAAUUCAGAAAUGUCCUGGUCAGGAAUGAAUUCCCUGGUUAGAAAUGUCCUGAGCAGAAAUUCAUUCUGUGAUGAGAAAUGUCCUGAUCAGAAAUGCCCUGAUGAGAAAAUUUCCUGAUCAGAAAUUAAUUCCCUGAUCAGAAAAAUCUCUGAUCAGGCAGUGUCCUGAUUAGAAAAUUUCCUGAUCAGACAUUCCCUCACCAGAAGUUCCCUGAUCAGAAAUUCCCUGAUCAGAAUUCCCUGACCAGCUUUAUUCCUGCCCUUCCCUCCAAACCCGGGCUGCUCCUCAGGGGCAGAGCUGCCUGGGAAUGUUUUCCUGCAUGGAAAAAUCACCUUUAAAAGCCAUGAAAGGGUGGAACAGUGGAUGCAGGGAGGAGGAGGGAAGGCAGCUGUAUUUGGGGUGGUUGCAGGUCGUGCAGCUGAGCUCACAGGGCUGGGAGCUGCCUUCGGGAUGGAGGGGGGAUUAAAAUCUUCUCCCACCUCCUUUGCCGUGGGCAGGGAAUGUCCUGCAGGUCUGGUCUGAGCCUGGAUGGGGAAUUUGGGGAGGAUGGAAGCUGCCUCUGGCUUGGGCUGUCUCUGGUGCCCAGGGGUGCUGAACCUGGGGAGUUUGGGUGACAAAGGGACCCAGGCAGGGCUGGAGCUCAGCCUGGACAGAAGGUUGAGAGCAGGAGAGGAGCUGGGCUUUGUGUGGGCUGGGAGGAGGGGACAGCCCCCCUGGCAGGGUCCCAGCCUGCUCUGGGGCCACCAGAGGUGGCAGUGCCCACAGGGGUGGCACACCGGGCACACCCAGCUGAGGUUUGGGUUUGGACACGGGUUUGGGGCACAGCUGGGCCAGCUGUGGACACCUGGGUGGGAAUUUUGUCCCCUUCCAGGGAAUGUCACAUCCCAGGGAAUGUGACAUCCCAGGGAAUUGCCAUCCCAGGGAAUGUCACCCUCCAGGGAAUGUCACAUCCCAGGGAAUGUCACAUCCCAGGGAAUGUCACAUCCCAGGGAAUGUUACCCUCUAGGGAGUGUCACAUCCCAGGGAAUGUCACCUCCAGGGAUUGUCCCCUCCCAGGGAAUGUCCCUGUGUCCCCUGUGUGCAGGGAGCCCCAGGCCUGCCUGGGGGGUCCUGCCCUCUCCCCCUGGCCUGGCUGGGGGCCGGGCAGGGCUGGGUGUCCCCCCUGGGGACAGCUGUGUCCCCAGAGCCCCGUGGCAGCUCUGUGCUCCUGUGCAGCCCCUGCUCUGCAGCCCUGGCUGUUCUUUCUCUGUGCUUUGUUUUUGGUUCCAGUUCUAGCUGCACACGUAGAGUUGCCUUCCUUUGACCGAAUGUUCGAAUGUGAAAUAUUGUAUAUUUUAAAGUAUUUACCCUAUUUAUAUACUGUAUGUUACUGUUAAAUAAAUAUAAAUUCCAUUA